CUGUUCCAGUCCCCUCCCACCAUGGCGGUGGCUGGGGGCAGCCGGACUAAAACUCUGUAAAACGCAAGUUUAGCGGGUUUUAUCUGUUCGGAUCGCUCCGUCACACCGCUACAGGGACCGGGAAGCUGUUAAGGUUUAAACGGCCCGACAGGAAAUUGUUUUUAUUGACAAUUUCUGAAACUUUUUAUCAAUUUAAAAUCAAGACUCUCAACUUACACCUAAGCUGAAAAAGCGGAACUGGAACUUCGGACGAGAAGAAAACCACACUAGAGAUUAGUGUUAAGUCUACAAAGGACUACAAAGUCACUCGUACAAUUUCCAUGGCGGAGGGAUGGCAUGACUUUGCGACAGGUGUUCGUAAAUACUUCUUUUACAUAAAAGAGAAUGUCAGCUCAGAUUGGAAGGACCUGGCCUUCCAUCUUGAUUUUCGGCGAUCAGACAUCAACAACAUUGCCGGUAGAAACCGAGAUGACAAGUCCCGCUGUAUGGACCUGUUGGAGGAAUGGCUCAAAUGUAACGGAGAAAAGUCCACUAGAGAGGUCCUGCUAGAGGCUCUGUCUGAGGCAAACUUACAGAGUACGGUGGACGGUCUAAAGAACAAAUAUCCUGAGUCACAAUCACAAGCCUCAAGUAGCCAACAGGAGAUAGCAGUUGUGAAAGCUGUGAAGAAAUACUAUGAGUUGAAGCUGACUCACGUCAAGCCUCUAAUCUGGAAUGACAACUUCACACUUACCAUCAGCGAUAUCUUCACGCAGUUAGAGUUGGUACCAACAAGUGCAAAUCUAUUAGAAAUGUCUGAAGACGGUCUCUUGUCAGGACAAGAAACAAAGUUAAAUUCGCUAGACGACUUGUUCAACCCAGAUAUCACAGCACAGUCUACAGAAAUAAGAUGUGUUCUGAUUGAGGGUGAAGCCGGAGGGGGAAAGACAACAUUUCUGUCCAAAGAAGCCCUCGAUGCCGUUUCAAAGAAAACUGAGCUGGGCAGACGGCAUGACAUCAUCCUUUUGAUCCACCUUAGGGAGGUGAGAGAUGGUGAGACCAUAGAGAUGAUAGUGUUGGACCAAUGUGUUCCCACCACUAAAGGUGUGGAUGUGGGGUCAAUUGAAACCAUCCUUGAGAAAAAUCAGUCCCGUGUUCUCUUCCUCCUAGAUGGGUAUGAUGAGCUGAGAACUGAGGCCAGGGCACCCGGACAGGCCAUUCCCAAACUGUUGGAUGGCAAGUUGUACCCAUUUAGCAUGAUUGUAAUCACUUCCCGACCCUCGGCAGGAGUGCAGCAGUACACUCAGCCAGACUAUCAAGUCCACAUCAAAGGCUUCUCCCCUGAACACAUGAGAAAAUAUAUACAACAGUAUUUUAGCAUCAUCGGAAACCCUCACAUAGCAGACGGCCUCCAGGCAAUUCUUGACAAAAACUCACUUGUUACUGAUUUGGUCCGAACCCCGAUUUUCCUGCUAUUGGUUUGUGUGUUGUGUGAGGAGGACCAAGAGUUGGUGUCAACUGGAACAAUGACGGGACUGUACAAUAACCUGUUGAAAUGUUUGGUUAAAAAGCACUGUAAGCGGGAAGGAGUGGACAUGCUCACAGAAAGACUUCUAACAGGGGUGAAUGAUACGUUACUGCAGCUCGGUAUGUUUGCACUAGAAGCGUUGCUGGGGAAUAAGACAUUCAUUGAUCUUACACAAUUAGAAGGGCAACAUAUAAACUGGGACUUGCUUUUAAGGCUUGGCGUGGUCACCUUGGAUGUGUCUGCCUCUAAAGUACAUCCAAAGAAGCAGCUUAACUUUUCACAUAAGACAAUGCAAGACUUCCUGGCCGGACGAUAUGUCGCUCAUGCUAUGGGGAAUGAAGACAUUGGUGAAUUGCUGCAGCUCACUUCUAUACACAAGGCACUUAAACUCAGUAAUCUGAUUCAGUUCACGUGUGGCUGUGACUCACGGGCGACACAAGUUGUGAUGGCAGAAAUGAUCAACCUCAGCAGCAAAGAGUUCUCAUGUUUACGACCAUAUAACUUUCAGAAGUCUCACAUGCCUGUCAAGGCAUUUAUAAGGAAGUCAGCUGAAAAUUAUAGAACAUUUGUUUUGCUCUGCCUCGACAUUCUAAACGAAAACAAAGAGCCGGAUGUACUACAAGCUGUUAGCAGAGCCCUGCCAGUUAUCACCAUGGACCUCGAAAGGCACAAGAAACAGCAUGCUGCUCUGAAGUAUUACUUACAAAACAUUCAGUCAUCGCUUCUCCAGAACAAUGUAAUGCUAAGUCUCAGUGGAGAAGACGGUUUUCAGUACUUGCAACAGCUUUUUGCCUCCCCCAUUCUUGGCCUGCAGUUAGACCUUAAACUAUGUUAUAAUGCACAUCUUGGCUCACCUGAUCAGACAACCAGGCUGGUUUCAGUUCUAAUGAAUGUUCCUGGUAUGAGGGCGCUAGAUCUGUCAGACACGGGACUAACACCAUCAAUGCUCCAGGUACUUGUGCAAGGGUUCGGUCACAUGCCUCUGUUAAAGGAGCUGGAUCUGAGUAACAACCGUGACAUUGGCGAUGCUGGGAUGAACGUCCUAGAGUCUGGGCUAUCUAGUGUUCCACACCUGACUGUACUCCGCCUUAAGUUGGUGUGCAUGACAGCUGUUGGUAUGAAAUCCUUAGUUCCCAAAAUGCGCCACUUAGAAGAACUGACAGAACUUGAUAUAAGUCAGAAUGAUAUCAGUGACACUGAGAUGGAAUCUGUCUCUGCCGCCCUCCUCAACUUCACAGCAAUGCAGGUGUUUGUCUUGGAGCGGAUCGGCAUCAGCAACACAGGCAUGCGCAAAUUGGUCCCUGCGCUGUGUAGGUCAAACACACUGAUCAAACUGGACAUUAGUAGGAACAUCAACAUAGGUGACCCUGGGCUGGAAUGCAUAGCCGAUAUCCUCCCACAACUCACAGCCAUAAAGGUGCUGCUUCUCAGGUGUACAGGUAUUAGUGACAGGGGAAUAUCAACCCUGGUCCAAGCUCUGCCUCACCUGGUACAACUACAGGUGUUGGAUGUGAGCUUCAAUAAAAUCGGAGACUCGGGGAUUGUCUCACUGGUAGAGACACUCUGCCAGCCCAAAAGAUUGGACAUCGAACAAAAUCCAGCUGGUGACAAGAGUCUGACCAACAACACACUGCAGGAACUGCACAUAGGGGGAGUUCGGGGAGUAACAGGAACCGGACUAGGGAGGGUCGCACAGCUCAUCAUCGCACUGCCGGCACUGACCAGGCUGGACAUGUCUGGUUCCUGGGAUACACCCGCCCAUCUUCCUGACACAGCUGACGUGACUCAGGCUGACACACAUACACACCUGUCUGACACCGCUGCCAUGACUCUGGCCAAGGCUCUGCCCAGGCUCCCUGUCCUGGAGUGGCUGGACCUGUGGUACAUCUCCAUGGAGCCUGCAGGGUUCCAGGCUGUGGUGCAGGCUGCUGAGGAACACCCAACAUUGGACAGGCUAUGGUAUGACAAGGGGGGAGUUCCUGAAGGAGCGGAUACCAGCGCCAGCUGCUUGACUUUGAAUCCGUGGUAGAUUUACGGUUUCGUGCCUCGUGGUCGCCGACUGCUUCAAAAUGUAAUAAAUGAUUCCAGAGCCCCGUUGACAAGGCUCAGAAAUAAUAAUAAGAAAUUGCAGAUUAACCAAUUGUGAGGUACUUUGAGGUUUUAAUUUUGGACUAGAUUUGUUUUUCGCUGUUUCAGAACGUGUGCCUAGAAGCAUUGCCUUGCUGAUGUUACGUGUGAUUUUGAAAAUACUUUGACAAUAAAGGAGUAUAGAAAAUCCUAGUGCACAUUUCCUCCCAACAUCUUCUUGGUGUAUUCAGAGUAUACCAGUUAGCCUUGUCUCAACGGGGCAGUCAGCAAACGUUUCGAUGUUCCUUCCUACAUGUGCUUGAAGACGACAACAGAACCAGCCGUGAAGUGUUGCAGACCUUUAAUGCACCGAUAGCCAUAUACAGACACAGAUAUACCAAGAUUGCCAUACAAAAACGGAAUCUCUACAAUAAAUAUUGAGUAGUGUUCACCUUCUCCAUAAGGUCUGUAUGUACAGGCUGACGUCUAUUGUCAGCACUUUUCAUGAACCACCAAAGCUGAGAGCGGAGACACGUCUAGAGGCUACACACGGGCACAUCGAGCUACUCUAACGGCCACCGGCAACAUUCAACUGAGAAAAA